UUUCGCUGUCCGCCUGUUGUUGGAGGACGGGCGAGCGGACGAGAAGCAAGGAGCAGCGUUGUGCUGUUGUUGUGUUGUGGUGUGUUGCGAGUGAGACGGACGCUGACCAUGCAGACGUCACGGUGGUUGCUGGUGGGGGUGAGCGCUGUGUAUACACUGGCAGUGUUGGGGGUCGGUGUUUGGUUUGUGGGCAGGUAUCAGGGUACCGCGGACACCGUGGUUGGCGCAGAUGGCGUGCCGCAGCACAUGCACGACCGUCACCACAACCACCACCACCAGCAACGAGCUUACACGCUGGAGGAAGGUUUGAAGCAGCUGCUGCUUCUUCCCGGGUCGAGCGAGGAGCAGGGUGAAGACGACAGGCCACGCAACGUGCCAAGGUUACACUGGGAGCCGCAGAACAGCAGCGUUGUUGCUGGGCAAGCCUGUCAACACUGCCCGGUGGAAAUUCCGCGCAUCAUCCACCAGACGUGGAAGACCGAGGAGUUGCCAUACCUGGCGCAGUCGAGCGUGGAAUCGUGGCAGCGGCUGAACAAGGGCUACGAGUAUCGCUUCUACACGGACGAUGACAUUGCAGCAUACAUGGAGAAGAACCACCCCAACCUCGUGAACACGUGGAACCGCAUGAAGCCCAUCCACCGCGCAGAUCUCUUCCGCUACGUCAUCUUGCACGAUGUGGGCGGCUACUACGCGGACAUUGAUGUCACAUUGCAGACGCCACUGGACGACUGGCCGCUGAAGCACAACAUUCAUUACAGCGCAGCUGUCAUUGUGGGGUUUGAGAUCAUCACGCAACGGCCAGACUGGAAGCAGUGGUUUUCUCGGCAGUAUCAAAUGUGCCAGUGGACAAUGGCUGCUGCACCUGGACAUGAGAUCUUCGCUCGCACCAUCGGCAUCAUCAACGAGAACUUCAAGUCUCUCUCAGACACGGACAUCGAAACCAUGAGCGCCGUGAAGCUGACGGGCCCUGCCGUGUGGAGCGAUGCGGUAACGAGUCACCUCCAUGACCACUACGGUGUUGCUUUUGGACAAGGAAUGUUCACGGACGACAGACUGCGAGACAACUACGUGCUCAUUGGUGAUGUGCUGCUGAUGCCCAUGCGCUCCUUUGCCGUCGGCAGCGCAGGAUACUUUCCGCCAUCGUCGUUUGAGUGGUCAGACCAGCUUGUGACCCACGGGUUUCAGGGCUCCUGGAAGAAAAACCCAAAUCCUCAAUACGUCGAUUUUGGGCAAGAGGAGGCUGUCAUUCCGUUUGUGCCGCUGGAACGAACGUCCACUGCAGUCCUCCUGAGCGCCAAAUACGGGAUCCAAGGACAGCCUUCAACGCCGCUGACGUCACCGUACAUGGAGCCGCUCGAAAAUCUCUUUGACGGCAGCACAGACACCAAGUGGCUUGGCUACCACGACUUUACCGGCGAGGCUCCGCCUUCAGCAAAUGUCACCAUCGCCCUCUAUCCACGCCAGUACGCACAGCUGCGCGAAUAUGAACUCGUCUCCGGAAACGACAUGCCAAACCGUGACCCCGUCACGUGGCAAGUUGUGUGUGUCGGAGAGCACGAUGUCGAGACAGUCAUUCACAGCAACGACGGCGCUGUCUUCACUGAUCGAGUGCAAGCGAAAGCCUUCAGGGUGGCCAUGAUGGCGGUGUGUCGCUCGUUUGUGUUUGUGUUUAAGCAAGUCGUGAACCCACACAAGGUUGACUGCCUCCAGCUGACGGCGCUGCGGCUGACUGAUCUCACGCCAGCGCGACCGAGUGAACCAGAGUGCGAGUCGACGUCGUUUGGGCAGUUGUGCACGUGCUGUACGCUGGACAUCCGCGGCAGCGAGGGCGCCAUGAACGUUCUCGAUGAGAGCCUGUCGACGCAUUGGAAGGCAUCUUGGCCAGCAGCCAUCUCCCCUGAUGAUGGCGGUGGUCUUGAAUUGCGGCCAUCGCUGCGAUUUGUGUUUUCUGGCGGUGCGCGUCGCGUUAGCGGAUAUGAGCUGGCCCCUGCGGGCGACGAACGGGCCAUGGACCCGGCCGCUUGGCGUGUUGUUGGCAAGCGAGACGAGAAAGAGCAGCGGUGGGAGCAGGUGGAUAUUCGGUCCGGUGCCGUCUUUGAAGAGCGAGCAGCUCCACUUCGGUUUCACUUCGAGCAAACGCGACCAUUUGCUGUGUUGGAGUGGCAGCUGUUGUCAGCGCACAACAGCACGCAUCCGCAGUGCGUGGAUGGCACGCGCUUCUGCGUCCAGCUGGCGCGGUUUUCGUGGCUGUUUGAUGACGAAGACGGUCAAGCCGAGUCCAAUAGACAAUAGAGCAAUGACAAUG